UAUGGGCUUUCUCAUCCUAGCUGCCUGGAAGCUGGUAUUCUGGUAGCAGCCUCCAGAUGAAGAUGUAGAACUCUCAACUCCUCCUGCGCCAUGCCUGCCUGCCUGGGUGCUGCCCUGCUCUUGCCUUGAUGAUAAUGGACUGAACCUCUGAACCUGUAAGCCAGCCCCAAUUAACUGUUGUCCUUUAUUAGAGUUGUCUUAGUCAUGGUGUCUGUUCGCAGUAGUAAAGCCCUAAGACAGCUCAUUAUCUGAUGCACAGAAAAGAUGAUGAACUUUAAAAGGGCGGUGGUAUCUAAAACCACAUCUCAAAGUUUGAAGUUUAAAUCCUGUAUCUGAAGUGGUAAGCUGAUUUCACUAGGAGAGUGAGUACCUGUGGACAAACAUAUACCAUGCAUACACAAGCAUGCAACACAUACAUACAAGACUGGGAAAAAACCCUCAUGUAGGCGCUAGAGAGAUGGCUCAGCAGUUAAAAGCACUAACUGUUCUUCCAGAGGACCUGAGUUUGGUUCCCAGCACCCACGUGGUGACUCACAUCCAUCUGUGACUCCAGUUCCAAGGGAUCCCAUGCCCUCUUCCAACAUCCAUGAGAAGAGACAUAUAUGCAGAUAAACACUCAUUCACAUAAAAUCUUAUAUAUAUGCAGAUAAACACUCAUUCACAUACAAUCUUAAAACAAUCACGCAGAAUCUUUAUUUAUUUAUUUAUUUUUUUUUGGUUCUUUUUUUUUCGGAGCUGGGGACCGAACCCAGGACCUUGCGCUUCCUAGGUAAGCGCUCUACCACUGAGCUAAAUCCCCAGCCCCAAGAAUCUUUAAAAAAAAAAAUUAUGUAGAUCAAAAAGCUCACAAGACCUGCUAACCACCCAGUCUCCAACCCCUCAUACAACUUUAAAUGUCUUACAGGUGAAGUCAUAUCCUCUGAGGGAAUGUGUGCACAAUCCCUCCCAAACAGGGGUGGGACUCUGUAGCUUUUACAAGGUCUCCAUGGCAGAAUCUGUGGUUCACUGGGUAGCACGGAGGUCCAGGAAGGUUAGGAUUUAGGACAGGGAGGUGUCAGGCAGCACAACAAGGUAGUGGAGAAGAUUUGUGGUAGAGAUUAGAGCCAAGGAUGUGGGCAUCUACACCCACCCCUGACUCCUAUUUUCAUCAAGGCAGCUUUCCUGUUAUAUUCCACAGUAAUGAUAAAUAUCAGUAACUACUAUUUAUUGAGCUGUUCGGAAUUUUCCUACAUAUUGUGCACACACAUUAUUUUCUUAUCUUCAUGAGGUAAAGGUGCCAAGACAUGAGUACUUCCCAAAGUUCUGUGAAGUCAGCCUUAUCUUACAAGCAGAAAUGCUAAGACACAGAGAAUUGUAAUGGCUGGUUUAUGUGGACAGGACUAAAAGGUAGUAGAGCUGGUUCAGAACCAUAGUUCUUGGCCUCUGUGAUGCCAGAGCCAGAGGUCGUUGAGCAGUACUGACUUAAAACCUGUGGCUACUCCUAACUGUCCAGAACCAUAUUGGUGGUGCAAAACGAGGCUGUGAGUCCGAGGAACAGAGAAAACUGGGCCUCACCUCUGAUAAAGAGAGGACAGGGAAAAUGGCUACUAAAAGGGCAAACGUUUCUAUCGUGUAUUAUUACAAAUGAUACUAAAAGAGCAAAUGACACAUCUUGUAUCUUUACAAAUGAUACAGGAGACGGUACUGGUGCCAGGGAAUCAGUGAGGGCAAUCUGAAGUGUUCUGAAGGUCUCAAAUCAUUGCGGACAGUGAUUCAUCUGAAUUCCUUGUUCCCUUUCUGGAAUUUGGAGAAGACAGCCAUUCCGGGAGACAGCUCAUAUUUACUGAGUGCUUUUCAUGAAAUUCACCUUCUGGAGCUUUAAAGUUCCAGAAUGUAAAUGCAGAAUAAACAUUGCCUUGAUUUAAUAUACACAGGCUUGAGUUCACAAGACGAAAAAUGUCCUGUAAAUUCCACAUCAUCAACUGAUGGGAAUAUUGAAAGGAGAAGGAUGGGAAGUCAUUUGAGGAAUGCUCCAAUAGCUGCUUCUGAAUCUUACUUUAGGAGCAUGAGACCUGUAGAAUUAAAGAAUACAGGGGCAAGGGCUGCUCUGUGACCAGUGUUGUUCAGCUGCCCUCAGCCUCCCAGGACUCUCCUUGAGACCUAACAGAGUUGAAGUGGAGCUUCUCCCUUGUGUCAGUAUGGUUUCUACCCACAAUCUUUCAUAGCCUCUGACGCAUCCAGGCAGGAAAGGGAACAUAUAUAUUUGCAUAAGAUACAAGGCUGUGUAAACAAACUCUUAGCUGGUUAAAGGGCACCACUUUAUAAACUGCCCUUAUUAGUUUUAAUGGGCUCUACACAACCAAAAACCCAUUUUACAUUCUUUAAAAAGUCCUUCUCUCUUUUCCCCUUGGGUGUUUUAUACUAAUACUGUUUUGUUUGUUUUUUUGUUGUUGUUGGUUUUUUGUUUUUUGUUUUUUGGUAUAACUCCAAGCUCUCCAAAUUAACUUCCAUAUCCUUUGAAAAGAUCACUCAUGUGUACGUCUUUUUUUUUUUUUUUUUUUUUUUUUCCGUUCUUGUUUUCAGAGCUGGGGACCGAACCCAGGGCCUUGCGCUUCCUAGGCAAGCGCUCUACCACUGAGCUAAAUCCCCAACCCCUCAUGUGUACGUCUUAAAACUAACAAAUUUAAAAUUUUACAGGAGUCCAGUUAGCUAAUAAUUCCUAUUCCCAUCAAUGGGUUAAAAUGGGAUCUACUUUGAAAUGUACUUUUGUGAGUGCAUUUCCAUCAUGAAUAUGAAUCUCCCACAUAGAAAUGUUAACUUCCAAUACUUUUUAGGUCAGAUUUUCCUAUUUUUGAUCUUGCAGAGGUUGGUGGAAAAUGGACUCAACCAUUGGUUAGAAGUUGAAUCACAGAAGGGAGAAGAAGAUGCUUAUUAUUCAGUGAAUCAACAAAGAAUGUGUCCUGGCCGCUCACUGCACCCUUUAAAAACGCAGCGUUAGCUUGGAGACAAGCAAAAAUGCAGAAAAGAUAAACACUGAGGCCAGGACUUCCUUUCAGUAUGUUGUUUCUUUAACAAGAUCACUAAUGUCUUAUUGAGAGCCAAAGACUCAGAAGUUUUUAUGAUUAGAACAUCUAGAAGAUUAAUAAUAAUAAUAAUAAUAAUAAUAAUAGUAACCAUAGUAAUAGAGCCAACUGGGUUAUUGUCAGUACGCCACUUCAAAUAACAGACUCGAAAAUACAUCUGAAAGUCCUUAGGUAUUUUUCUCCUGUCUUUGUUGUUCCUUUUCUAUUACUAGAUGAUUGGCGUUGACCUUUGGCUUGUCCUGUUCUCUAUGCCACAUCCACCCUGACUCAGAGGCAUUCAUUUACUUAGCUAACUUCUUUAUUAGGGCUGCCAACACGGAUCCAGGAUGGCAGCGGUGCAGGAUUGCAGGUUUGUAAAAGGGAUAGAUAAACAUCGUUCAGAAAUGAGCUCACGUGUACAGCAUACAUUUGAGCACAGGGAAAGGGCAUAUUAUUUCCAUUUUAUAGUGAGGAAACUGAAGGAAUAAGAAAACAAUACCUUCACUACUUCUUGAACAUGUAUAGUUCGGGGAGACACAGCACUAGGCCUUUUAGAAUAAUCUGGUUAUUUAGAAACACACCGGUUAAUUCCCCUCGAUCAAUCAGAAUCUAGAGCAUGUUAAAUUGCACUAAUAAAGACACAGAGUCCAGUGGAAGAACAGGAAGGAGGGUGGCUUGAGAGCUCUCUGCAAGGUUUAGAACUGUUUUGUGGGGAUGGAACCUAAGCCAAGUCUUAAUGGUUUGUGGGUGUGGGGCAAAGAUUACAGCAUAACAGAGACUAUAGAAGAGCAAAGAUAAAGAAAAGACAAAUUGUGAGAAUUUAUUUCAUGGUCGAAUAGAAUUUGAAGGGCAGAUGGAAGGCAGAUAGGAGGAAUUCAGAGGGAUUGCAAAUUGAAUGUUUACUCUGUGGCAGUGUAGACUAGGGUGGGAGUGUAAUCUCUUAGACUGUUGCAACAGUUCAGCAAAAAAGAUAAUGAGAUCUGGAACUAAGCAAAAGUGGAAUAGAAAGGCAAUGGUCUGAAAGAUGGCUGAGAUAUGGACCUGGGUAAUUUAGCCACUGGUUGGACACUAAGAAAGCAGAGGGUGUGUAAACAUAGUUCUGAAGCACUAAAUAAUUUUACACUUGAGUUUCUCUUGGACCAGACAAAAAGGAAAUUGAAUAUAAGGCUAAUGAUCAGGACAGAUAUAAAUCUAAAAAUCUAUUAGAGAAAUAUGGUGGCUGAAUCCAUGUUAGAAAUCACUAAGGAAUAACCGAGAGUACAAAGAGCAAAGGGGUUGAAACAAAACCUUCAGGAAACACCUGCGUUUUUGAAAGAGGAGUGGAGGAAGAAAGGUUAUUUUGUAACCUGGAGGGUCAGAGAGAUAAGACUUAAGUGGUGAGGCACUAAAAGCAAGAGGUUUCAGACAGCUCAAUACUGCUGAAUGAACAAAUAAAAAUUUACUGUGACCACAGAGGUCACAUCCAAGCUUCUCGAUUCUGUAGCUACCUGCUGAAGUAGCACAAAAGAAAGAAAUGUGCUUUUGCAAGAGAAAUCCACUUGUCAUUUUACCAAAAGUUAGCCUGCCAAUCAGCCAUUGCAACUCAUUACAACAUCUGGUCUUCACUAGAUUUAAAAAAAAAAAAAAUCACUUUUGAAUUGUACAUUUCUUUACUUCCUGGGCUUUUACGAUGACUAUUAUUAAUCAUGUCCUUAGCUUUGCUUGCCCUUCUUCAUUUUGAGGGUCCUGUUUAGUUGCUGGGGCUACUGAAUUAGAGGUGUAAUCCAGGAGUGAGAUUAAUGUUUGCUAACUUCCUCAAACCUUUGUGCAAAAGUCCAAGCUACGUGUGCAAAAGUAGAAGGAUGAUAUAUACAUACUAGAAUUGAGUAUAUACGCUAAUAAAAGUAAAACUCUCACAUGGUUCAGUCAUCAAAGACUCAAGUCAUUUUACUGUUGUCAUUUGCUUGCUUUUUUUUGUUUUUGUUUUUGUUUUUGUCAUUUCCUUGAGGGCAGAUGAAUAUUCCCAGUGUUCCCAAAGACAUUCGGUACCAACCUGGGGACAAGUCUCAUUCUGUCAGCUCUCAGGAAAAACAUCUUCAGGCAGAGAAUGGCAAAGAACUUACGAGUUCCAAGGAUUGGGCAGCCCACCGAUGAGGUAGGGUUGGCCAAAGGUCCUGCGGAACGCAGAACGCCUGGAACCUGCGUGGCCUUUACAGAAUGGGACUACAAGUCCCAGAAUGCAGGGCGCUACUAGGCAGAAAUUUAGCAAGGCGCCUGCGCGUAGGGCUGUAGGCAAGCCGGAGGAAGCGGUGCACUUUGGGACUAGUAGUCCCCAGGUGGCAACUCCUGGGGUCGGAGGUGGGUCGAAGGGACAGCUCCUUGCCCAGUCCCUCCUUUUGUCCACGUCCCGCUUCUCUUGGCCAAUGGCAGGUCCUGUAGCUGCGGCCAGCCCCCCUCCAAGGCUGUCUCCAUUGGUCCCGAGGCUAUCCCACUGCAGCUCUACCCGGAAGUAGCCGUGGGAAGGCGGUUUCCUAGACUACGACACCGGAAAGCUGGGGGCGGUGCUCCGAGCCGUGGAGGGCGGAGGGUGGUGGCAGCGCUGGCGCUGGGGACCGGCUCGGUGGCUUCGGCAAACAGUUUGGCGCCGGCGGCCGCCAGCCUCACCCCACAGCCGGCCCUCGACACGGCUCGCAGCCUCCUCGGCGCCGCCAUCCCGCGAUGUGGCCCACCGUGCGGGUGUAGCAGCUGCGCGUGCGCGGAACCGCGGGGCCAUGAGCGAAGCCGGCGGCGGCCGGGGCUGUGGGUGCCGGGUCCCCCAGCGAGCGUCAUGGAGCCUGGUGGCAGCGACGGCCGCGCUCUAUCUGAUGUUGGCCACGACCGUGUGCACGGCAGGGGCCGCGCCCAUGAGUAGGGAAGAGAAGCAGAAGCUUGGAAAUCAAGUCCUGGAAAUGUUUGAUCACGCUUACGGCAACUAUAUGGAACAUGCCUACCCAGCUGAUGAACUCAUGCCUUUAACCUGUCGAGGUCGUGUCAGAGGCCAGGAGCCAAGCCGGGGUGACGUGGAUGAUGCCUUGGGAAAGUUCUCCCUAACACUGAUCGAUUCUUUGGACACUCUUGUGGUAUUAAACAAAACUAAGGAAUUUGAAGAUGCAGUGAGAAAAGUUUUAAGGGAUGUUAAUCUAGAUAAUGAUGUAGUUGUUUCAGUCUUUGAAACAAACAUCAGAGUUCUUGGGGGUCUUUUGGGUGGACACUCGCUGGCAAUCAUGCUGAAGGAAAAAGGGGAAUACAUGCAGUGGUAUAACGACGAGCUUCUCCAAAUGGCAAAGCAGCUGGGUUACAAGCUCCUUCCAGCUUUCAACACUACCAGUGGCCUUCCAUAUCCCAGGAUUAAUUUAAAGUUUGGCAUCAGAAAACCGGAAGCCCGGACGGGAACUGAGACGGACACCUGCACGGCCUGUGCAGGCACCUUGAUCCUUGAGUUUGCUGCAUUGAGUCGGUUCACAGGAGCUACAGUAUUCGAGGAAUAUGCAAGAAAAGCUCUUGAUUUUCUCUGGGAGAAAAGACAGCGAAGUAGCAAUUUAGUAGGCGUGACUAUCAAUAUUCAUACUGGAGACUGGGUGCGCAAAGACAGUGGAGUUGGAGCAGGGAUCGACUCAUAUUAUGAGUAUCUGUUGAAAGCCUAUGUCUUGCUCGGAGAUGACAGUUUUCUGGAAAGAUUUAAUACACAUUAUGAUGCCAUAAUGAGGUAUAUUAGCCAGCCCCCUCUCCUGCUCGAUGUGCAUAUCCACAAACCAAUGCUCAAUGCCCGGACCUGGAUGGACGCACUGCUUGCCUUCUUUCCAGGUUUGCAGGUUUUAAAGGGUGAUAUUAGACCUGCUAUUGAAACUCAUGAAAUGUUAUACCAGGUGAUUAAAAAACACAACUUCCUACCAGAGGCAUUUACUACAGAUUUCAGGGUUCACUGGGCUCAGCACCCUCUAAGGCCAGAGUUUGCAGAGAGUACCUACUUCUUAUAUAAGGCUACAGGAGACCCUUACUACCUUGAAGUAGGGAAAACACUUAUUGAAAAUUUGAAUAAAUACGCUCGAGUGCCUUGCGGAUUUGCUGCCAUGAAGGAUGUUCGCACUGGGAGUCAUGAGGACAGAAUGGAUUCGUUCUUCUUGGCUGAAAUGUUCAAAUAUCUGUACCUGUUAUUUGCUGAUAAAGAAGACAUUAUUUUUGACAUAGAAGACUAUAUCUUUACAACAGAGGCUCAUCUGUUACCUCUUUGGCUUUCUACCACAAACCGAAACAUCUCGAAGAAGAACACAACCUCAGAAUACACAGAACUGGAUGAUAGUAACUUUGAUUGGACUUGUCCAAACACGCAGAUUCUUUUUCCUAAUGAUCCAUUGUAUGCCCAGAGCAUCCGUGAACCCUUGAAAAACGUGGUGGAUAAGAGCUGUCCAAGAGGCAUCAUCAGAGUCAGAGAGGAGAGUUUCAGAAGUGGAGCUAAGCCUCCUCUGAGAGCCAGAGAUUUUAUGGCCACUAACCCUGAACAUUUAGAAAUCCUGAAGAAGAUGGGGGUGAGUUUGAUUCACCUCAAAGAUGGGCGAGUCCAGCUGGUCCAACAUGCAAUCCAAGCUGCGAGUUCAGUUGAUGCUGAGGACGGGUUGCGGUUCAUGCAGGAGAUGAUAGAGUUGUCCAGUCAGCAACAGAAGGAGCAGCAGCUGCCUCCUCGAGCUGUACAGAUUAUCUCCCACCCAUUUUUUGGCAGGGUAGUCUUAACUGCUGGACCAGCUCAGUUUGGGCUGGAUCUGUCUAAACACAAAGAGACAAGAGGAUUUGUUGCAAGCAGUAAACCAUAUAAUGGCUGUUCGGAGCUCACUAACCCUGAGGCAGUGAUGGGAAAAAUUGCCUUGAUACAAAGAGGACAGUGCAUGUUUGCAGAAAAGGCUCGAAACAUCCAGAAUGCUGGCGCCAUCGGUGGCAUUGUGAUUGAUGACAAUGAGGGGAGCAGCAGUGACACAGCCCCCCUGUUCCAGAUGGCUGGCGACGGGAAAGACACAGACGACAUCAAGAUCCCCAUGCUGUUCCUGUUCAGCAAGGAAGGCAGCAUCAUCUUGGACGCCAUCCGUGAGCACGAGCAGGUGGAGGUGCUCCUUUCUGACAAAGCGAGAGACCGAGCAGCCAUAUUAAAAGGUAAAAGGAUUCCAAGCUACAUUAUUAACAGUAAUCCUGAGGUGGAAAAUGAAGACCAGCCGUCUUCUGAAAACGACUCUCAGAAUCAAAGUGCAGAGCAGAUGCUGCCACUUCCUCAGACAGUCGGCUUGGCUGAUCAGGAGAGCCCUGGAAACCCUCUGGAGUCUCCCUCAGAGCCACCAUCGCCAGCAGACAGUGAAGAGGCUGCGGGCUUUGCGCCUUCUGAACAGAUCUCUAGCCCCACAGAGACCCAGGAGACGGCAGGUCUUGAUGGUGAGUGCACAGACUUAGAUAACCAGCUUCAAGAUCAACCCGAAACCGAGGAAGACCCCAGUCCGAACGUCAGCUGGGGUACGAAGGCCCAGCCUAUGGACUCCAUACUAGCAGACUGGAAUGAAGACAUAGAAGCAUUUGAAAUGAUGGAGAAGGACGAACUAUGACUCUCUGUAAAGUGUCUGGUGGUAGAUAUUUAAAAAGAAGAGGUAAACUGGUUUUCAACACCCUGUACCAGGCAGGCUCUCCUGGGAGGCUCCGAGCAUUGCUCGAGCACGUUCUGACUAGGGUAAGUAGUUACCAUAGGAAUCUGGAGCAUGCUGUGUUAGAGCUGACCUCACCGAAACGGUCCCAUCCAAAGUGGAAACUCACAACCCCUCAAAUGGUGGUACGCAUAACCUGCAGCUCCCUGGCCAGGGAAAGAUGACUGGCCAUUCCUGGGUAAACAAGAAACGAAGUCGGCCAUGGGAAGUGGGAACAAGAGUCAGUGCAGCUUUCUAACCGAAGGGAGUUUCACUGCCUUAGGGUUGGGGUCGGAAGCCCUCGGGGAAGAUGUGAGUGAGUGUGUGGCAUUGUGGCUUUGCUGCCUUCACAGGAACACUCUAAGUGACCCACGGUCAUGAAGCAGAUGCAUUCACGGUAACAACAGCUUCUGCCAUCGCUCUUACCUGCUUCAGUCAGUGACCUAUGGCCAAGACAGUCGACUUGAUUUCUUUUCCUCUCCCAACAACGACCUUAGCAUUUAAACCAAAGGUGAAGCCAGUAUACUUUUUCCAUAGGUCUCCAUAAAAACCCACUAUGGGGCCAGGAAGAGGGUCCUAGAGAUAUUGUGGAAGUUGGUUGCUUAAUGCUCGGGAUAAAGAGAAGGAGGAACUGUAAUGUUGCAAUAUCAGCUUCCCAAUGGGCCGCCAUGGGGGAAGCAAUGACUACUCUAAAUGGAAGUCAGCAUUAGCUGCUUGUGGGUAGAUUAGAAGUCUUUUCUAGUUCAUUUCUCUAAGGUGGUUAUCUAGCCAUCAGCCUUACUCCAUCCCAUGUUUAGUAUGCAGUUUGAGACCGAAGGCUCAUCUCCAAGCCCUGUCCCAUUUCCCUAUCUUACAGAGCCAUGAGAAACCAUGGUAGUAGUCUGUAUUCCUGGGGUGACUACUGUCUUUCUCCUUUGAAGCUGGAGUCUGUCACAUUUUCUGUUAAAUCAUGGGUUUAGUUUUGUUUUAACAAAUACUCCUUCUGAUGUGGACUUGAAACUUAGUCUCUGGUGACCUGUGUAAAAACUAAAUAGCCAUAUAAGUAAAAGAACAAGAUGAUUAUUUUUUGGGUGUGGCAGUCUGGAGCUUGUCACAUUUAAUUAUUUUUGGUUUUGCUUAUUGAUAGUUCUACAUUGAAAUCAUGAUUUUAUUCAUUUUAUUUAUUUUUAAGCUUAUUUUAAUUGCUUCUAAAGGAGUAUUUGAGGGACUUAAUUUUUACCAUGGCAUCACACAAUAACUUCCCUCUAAAACAUGGUUUUGAGGUACUGAAUUACUUAGCCUACAUAUGGAUAUGAAAGGCAGCAGUGCUAUGCAGUGUGUGUGUGUGUGUGUGUGUGUGUGUGUGUGUGUGUGUACACAGUAUGACUUAGGUCCCAGGUAAACCAGCCCUUUUCUAUGGGCAUGAAUACCUGUUCUCAAAAGGUCCAACUAAACCAAACUGGUCAGUGAGUAAUAAGUCUUAGGGAAUUCCUGGGGGUGGGGUAGGAUGGCACAGCCUUUAUUAACUUAAACCUGACAGCAAAACUGGGUAUUUAGUCUCCCUGCAUGUGGUUUGGUGCGAGCAGACAGACCUGCAAUCCGGAGUCAUGGAAGGUAGAUGUGCUUUGUUUCAUUUCUCUGCAAAGCUGGCAAACAGCUGAAGCUUAAUUAUUUGACUUGAUUGAUAGGACUGGAGCGGGAGAAACGGAACAGAUGUUCCUCUGAGACUUUGAUUACAGAAGCCUUGUGUGGAUUGGUUUUGUAUUUGUAGCUCAAAGCCAUUGUUGUCCAAAUCAAACUCUGCUAAGUUAUCAAAGCUAUGUAUUUUUUUUCCCUUGAGAACUUAGGGCAUAAAGGGGAGCCCAUGACACUAGGAAAGCCAGCUUACUGCCACGUGCCAUUCCUCUGGCCACUAGGAGGUGCUGUUGCCCUUCAUUGAGGUCUAGAUGUACCUAUUGAUUUGUUUAGAAAAACCAAAUUCUUUAAGACAUUUUACUUACUAUCUAGAAGGAAUAAACUCCGUUUCCCCUACUUAAGAAAGGAGCAAUAUGUUCCCCUUCAGAACACAGCAUUCUAACUGACUUUCCAUUCAUUUUCGCAUUUCACAUACUGCCACAAAGUAGUCUUUGAGUUCACUAGAAAAUUCCAACAGCAUAGUUUUUUUUUAAUAUUUUCUUUUCAUUGUUGUUGAUGUUGUUUGUUAAAAACCUUUCAUAGAUAUUUUAUUUACUUGCUGAAGAUUCAGGGAAUUCUGAGACCCUGAGUUUAGAAACAUCUGGUCUACCUCAGUUAAAUGUUGACUGCUUAGAAAUAGAGCUGAAAUGAUCACCACAGCCAUAAAAUGGUUUGACUAAGAAAGAUUUAUAUAAUGUUUACAAACCUGGAAUCAAGUCAGAUUACCUGAAAGCUAAAGAUUAGGGUUAGAGCAAGUAUUUAAUUCAGGUAUUUUCAAGUCUUAAAACUUGUUUACCUAGUAAAAUUAGGUGUUUUUUCUCACAUAAAAACUCCAUUGAAAUUAUAUGCCCUGAUUUGCAAUAUUUUCCCCAUAAAAAUUAAAUGUGAAAGAAUAGUAAUUUACUAGGUAUGUUUGGGGCGGGAUAUUUUGUUAAUAGGUUUUCUUUUUCCUUCUAACCUGUGUAAUGAGCUUCCGAAAAGAGUAUAACUGUUUUAGAACAAAUUACUUUGUCAUUUUCCUUUCCCUUUUUCUUUACAGUGUUAGGUAUUUUUAAAUGAAAAAUUAUGCACUCUCUGACUUCAAUUUCACUAAUGUAAUUAUUUUCUUGGGAAUUCUUUUAGAUUUAAAUUACCAUCAUAUAAACCUUUCUUAUAGCAAAGCCAGCGUUUGUUUUCUCACCAAACUCCAUGCCAGACUCAUCAUAAAGAAAGCUCAGCCUAAGUAAUUCAAACAGUGCUUAUAGUUUUAGAGGGAGGGUAGCAUUUACUAAAUAUUCCAGCUGGUUGUUUUAUGCACAAGGCUACAGUCAGAACAUAGAAAAAAAAAAACAUUCUGUGAAUGAAACAUUGUAUGUUCAGAUUUUAUAAAAAGACAUUUUUAAAAGCCCAAUUUACAGCCGUAUAUUUUCUUAUGAUGUAAUUUAUGAAAAAGCUGUCUGUACUAACAGGUGCUGUAACACUACUGUUGUUGGGUUUUAUUGUUUGGUGAUAAAUGUAAACAAUAUUUCUAAUGGAAACUAUGUACUGUGAUGUAAAAGUCUGGGCAAAAUGUAUAUAAUCCUUGUAUAUAAUUGUGUAUUUGAUUAUAUUACUGAUUGUAAAUUUAAUAAAACAUGUAAAUAUU